AUGUCCGAUUCGACCCUUUAUCUCUACACCUCCCUUACUGCGGGGUCGUCCCAUAUCGUCACCGCCACUGCACGAUUGGAGACGAUCCUCAAAGCCAACAAACUCCCUUUCCGCGCAAUUGAUGUAGCCACCGAUGACGCAGCCCGGAAGCUUUGGGGUCGUCGCUCCAAGGGUAGGAAGUUGCCGGGCCUCGUGAAGUUCGGCACAGUCGUCGGUGAUCUGGAAGAGAUCGAAGAAUGGAACGAAUAUGGUGAGCUGAGAAUGCAGGUCAACAACGUGCAAGAUUUUGGUGAUAGUAUCCCUGCUACGAGCACCAUAAUCGCUCAGCCUGAGUCCGGAUCUGCUGUAUCGACGCCCGCCUCAGAACCUUCGGUACCAAAGCAGAGUACCAUCAAGAUCCAGAACCCGCCCGCAAAGGAAUCCCAGAAAGACGACUCCAUCACGGUCGCUCUGCGCCAGGCUAGCGAGGAGGCCGCCGCCAAAGCUAAAGAGAGUAAGGCUGAGAAGGUGACCCCAGCUGCUGAGCAGAAGAAGCCCCUCCCUACAGCCGUCGAGGAGAAAAAGGAAGGAGGCGCAGAUAGUGUACGUCGGAAAUCAUCGGUUGCUCCCGAGAUCGUCGAGGGGGGCAACCCAAAGCGGCCACCUCUGGUGCCAGAGGUUGCCGCAGUGUCCUCUGCCAAUUUUCAUGCUGAUAAUGCCGAAGCACUAGGAUUAGUUGAGCAUCAUCGUGGCUCCAUCGUUUCUGCCACGUCCCCGGAGGAAAAAGCCAAGGUCGCUCAGGAUAUUCGUAAGUCGAUUUCUGGCGGUCAUGCGGAGAUGUUGGAGUCGUUGCGCGACGACCAGGCGCAGAAAGCUGGUCAGGAGGAAACCGUUGAUGAAGAGUCGGAAAGUGGCGAGGAUGUCGAGGAUGUUAUGAAUCGAAAGGCAAAGAAACCAGGCUCCAGUUGA